CUGUAAUUUUCAACCCUGUAAUUGCUGUUUUUGGGACCCCUAAUCGGCGUCAUCGUCCGUUUGUAUGGUGGAGCUGCGGAAGUGCGGAAGGCGGAAAUGUGCGGAAGACGGAUCGCGGAAACCCGUCUGGGGCCCACUCUGACCCGGGAGCAUGGAACUGGUGACACGGCACGUGGCCUCCGAAAACGGUUUGUGGACUUGUAUAAAGUGAUACAAGGGAUAGAAAGGGGGAGUGCGAUAUGGCCUCAUGGAAGUCGAUACAAUAUCUUCCCUUUCAGUUUCAGUCUUGUAGUUCUGUGUCAACAGCGGCACAAUGGAUUCUCUCACAGCAGCCUUCCGGAGCGGCCAGAAGCCCUCAUUUCCAGCUGAAGCGGGAACUCUUGAAUACGCUCAAAGUCUUGAUCAGCAAGACAAGCUUGGCCAUCUCAGAGAAGAAUUCAAUAUUCCCACGAGGACUUCGUUGAAGAAGAAGGCUCUGAAUGGGGUCAGUCCCGGGGAAAACGACAGUGAAGAUGAAAAGAGCAUCUACUUUGUUGGGAACUCCCUCGGCGCUCAGCCAAAAGCUGUGAGAAGAGCCCUUGAGUCACAGUUAGAAACAUGGGCCAGCAUCGGUGUCAACGGUCACUUUUCAACCCUCGAAAACUCGCCUCUGUCCAGCUGGCAAGACCUGGCCGAGUCUUGUGCCAGGAAAUCGGUCGACCUCGUUGGUGCUGCUGUGCCAGAAGAGAUCAUCUACAUGAACACCCUCACCGCCAACCUCCACCUCAUGAUGGCCUCCUUCUACAAGCCAACAGCAGAAAGACACAAAGUCAUCAUCGAGUGGAAACCCUUCCCUUCAGACUGGUACGCCAUCCAAUCCCAAAUCCGCCACCACAACCUCUCCCCCUCCACCUCCCUCAUCGAAAUCCAACCCACCCCCGACCUCUACCUCACCACCGAAUCCAUCCUCGCCACCAUAACCGAGCACGCCCCCUCCACCGCUCUUGUCCUCCUCCCUGGAAUCCAGUACUACACCGGCCAGCUCCUCGACAUCAAAACCAUCACCGCCCACGCCCACUCCCUCGGCAUCCCCUGCGUAGGCUGGGACCUCGCCCACGCGGCCGGCAACGUCCCACUCUGCCUCCACGACUGGAACGUCGAUUUCGCGGUGUGGUGCACCUACAAGUACAUCAACGCCGGACCGGGAUCGACAGCCGGCUUGUUCCUUCACCAAAAACACCAUUCCAGAAACCUGGACAGGUUGGAGGGUUGGUAUGGAGCGGACAAGUCGGUUAGGUUUCUGAUGGAGAAGGAGUUCAAGCCUAGCAAAGGGGCGAGCGGCUGGCAGUUGAGCAACCCGAGUGCGAUUGACCUGGCGAGUGUGAGUGCUGCGUUGGGGGUGUUUGAGUCGGUGGGGGAGAGGUAUAUGGAGAGGUUGAGGGGUAAGGCGGUGGUGUUGACGGGGUAUCUGGAAUACUUGCUGGAGGGGCUGAUCAGAGAGGGGGUUGGGAGGAAGGGGGAGGAGCAGGCUUUUAGGAUCAUCACGCCGGGGGACCCGCUCGAGAGGGGGACUCAGUUGAGUUUGAUGCUGAGGGAGGGGAUAUUGGAGGGUGUGAGUAAAGUGUUGGCGGAGGAGGGGGUUGUCUGCGAUGCGAGGAAGCCGGAUGUGAUUAGAGUGGCUCCGGUGCCGAUGUAUUGCCGGUUUGAGGAUGUGUGGAGGUUUGUGGAGAUAUUCAAGGGAGCGUUGGCGAGGGUGUAG